UCCUCGCUCCCUCCCGAGGGGCCGCGCUGGGACGGCGGGAGCGGAGGAGACGAUGGCGCGGUGAAUGUCGGGCCACAGCCCUCGUCGCCCCUUGCGGCGACGCCGCCCGCUCGGCCGGGAAAUGGAGUCCCGAGCCUCCCCUCUAAAUUUGACCCUGAAAGAAGAGCAAAAGGAAGAAGAGAUUGAGAUCCAAGAAUUGGAGGAUGGCUCCAUACAUAUGCAGAAAGUACAGAUCUGCUCGGAAGGCGCGUGGGUACCAGCUCUAUUUGAUGAGGUGGCCAUAUAUUUUUCGGACGAGGAGUGGGAAGUUCUACAAAAAGCCCUCUACCGGGAAGUCAUGAGGAUGAAUUAUGAGACUGUCCUGUCCCUGGAAUUUCCAUUCCCCAAGCCAGAUAUGAUCAGUCGGUUGGAAAGGGAAGAGGAGUGUCCUAAUUCUGAUGAGUGGCGGCUCCAGGGAGUAACCUUUGCAGAAAAUGAAGAAUCUGACUUUAGGACUCCAGAUUGGGCAAGCCCAAUNAGUGCCACCUCCUAUUUUCCUCAACCUCAGCACUUCAAUAGCUUUGGCCUGCGUCUGCCUCAGGACCUCACUGAACUGCCCGAGUGGAGUGAGGGCUACCCCUUCUAUAUGGCCAUGGGCUUCCCCGGCUAUGACCUCUCAGCUGACGACUUGGCAAGCAAGUUUCAGUUCAGUCGUGGCAUGCGCCGCAGUUAUGAUGCAGGGUUCAAGCUGAUGGUGGUGGAGUACGCUGAGAGCACCAACAACUGUCAGGCUGCCAAGCAGUUUGGGGUGUUGGAAAAAAAUGUUCGAGACUGGCGCAAAGUGAAGCCACAGCUCCAGAAUGCUCAUGCCAUGCGGCGGGCAUUCCGAGGCCCCAAGAAUGGAAGGUUUGCUCUGGUAGACCAGCGANUGGCUNAGUAUGUCAGAUACAUGCAGGCCAAAGGGGACCCCAUCACUAGGGAGGCAAUGCAGUUGAAAGCUCUUGAAAUCGCCCAGGAAAUGAACAUUCCAGAGAAAGGGUUCAAGGCAAGUCUGGGCUGGUGUCGAAGAAUGAUGAGAAGGUAUGACCUGUCUCUGAGGCAUAAAGUGCCGGUCCCUCAGCACCUGGCCGAGGACCUGAGUGAGAAGCUCAUCACUUACCAGCAGAGCGUGCUGGCUCUGCGCAGGACACAUGACUAUGAGGUNGCCCAGAUGGGCAAUGCAGAUGAGACGCCCAUCUGCUUAGAAGUGCCCUCUAGNGUGACUGUUGACAACCAGGGUGAAAAGCCCAUCUUGGUCAAGACACCAGGCAGGGAGAAACUGAGGAUCACAGCCAUGCUGGGGGUCUUGGCUGAUGGGAGGAAGUUACCACCNUACAUCAUUUUGAGGGGGACAUACAUCCCCCCUGGGAAGUUUCCCAGUGGCAUGGAAAUCCACUGCCACUGCUAUGGAUGGAUGACUGAGGACUUGAUGCAAGACUGGUUAGAAGUUGUGUGGAGACGGAGAACUGGAGCUGUGCCCAGACAACGAGGNAUGCUGAUCCUGAAUGGCUUCCGGUGCCAUGCCACUGACUCUGUGAAGAGCUCCAUGGAGAGCAUGGACACAGACAUGGUGAUCAUCCCAGGGGGCCUGACCUCACAGCUGCAGGUGCUAGAUGUGGUUGUCUACAAGCCACUGAACGACAGUGUCCGGGCCCAGUAUUCCAACUGGCUCCUGGCUGGNAACCUGGCACUGAGCCCCACGGGAAAUGCUAAGAAGCCACCACUGGGCCUCUUCCUGGAGUGGAUCAUGGUUGCAUGGAACAGCAUCUCGAGUGAAUCAAUUGUCCAGGGGUUCAGAAAGUGCCACAUCUCCAGCAACUUAGAGGAAGAAGGUGACGUCCUCUGGGAAAUUGAGGGCGAGUUGCCCAAAGAANCACCGAAAGAGUGUGGUCCUGAAAGUGUGGCUGAGGGUGACUGAGAGGACUCAGGUAAACUGGUCAGGAACAGAUCCUGCACCCUCACUGGUGCCCCUGCUCAUGGCUAGCACUUACCUUUUUGCUGACCCUGAGCUUUUUCUUUUCACGUUCUCUUGAAAUAAGCUUGCCACGCCACAGUGUAGACGGCAGGUCAUCAGCACUUUCUUCGNCGAAACAGAUUUGUAUUGCGU